GCAAGAGCUUCCCUGCUGCCCUUUCCCGAUUAUAGAUCGUCUUUUGUCCAAUUCCUCAGUACAAGCAAACAUCUUUUGAUUUGGUCUUUCCGUAUAAGGCAAUACAAUAAUGUCAGAAAUAGACCGAGACUUUGACGGCGAUAGCCAGAUGCGUUCCUCGUCAUCUGAGAGCGACCUUCUCGAUGAAGAUUCUCUGUUUCCCGACUCCAAAGAGCCUCUGACUCCCACCACGCGUCAUCCAAAUACUCGAGCUCAAUUAGCUGCGGAGCUCUCCCCACCCCCUUCGCAGUCCCGCCCCGUUGAUGCUGCUGCUGGAGGAGUGGCAAUCGCCGGGCCUAGUGGGAAACAAGCUAUUUCGGAGGCUUUCGGCGCACAAGCUGCUCCCCUUGUUUCUGCAGUUGCUGAGGGUAGACCUGUGUGGGAAGGCUCAGGCGAAAAUGAGCCAGGGUGGGGGUGGAAGAAUCCAAAAGCUCAGGAAGAGAUGAAGAAGGCUACGGAGUCUUUGCUUGAUAAAGAUAUUGAUCCUUUUGUCGGGAUGAAAGAUCCACUUCUCGGAAAUCGAAACUUCGCAGAGGAGCUCGAGAAAUAUAAGCGGCGCGACUUCUAAUGAGCUGCAGUCUCGGCUUCACGACCGCAGCCAGCAAAGGCGUGCCAAUACCCUUUUAUUUCCUCCUAUCUUUUUAGCGACCCAACAUGCAUUACGAAAUGGCCAUGGCGUUUAUGGUCUUCUAACGGGGGCAUACUGCGGGAUUUUACUUCAUAGUUAACAUGAUUAAUUACUGGGACACAAUCACAGCAUAGAAAAGCUGGAAAUUUAAACGUUUCGGCUGCGCAAGCGUCCUGAGGGA